UCUGCCUUCACAGAUGAAGGCUAAAGAAGCCAGCGGGAAACACCAGGGAUUCAAGGGUGUAGCAGGACCGAGGGACUGAAGAAAUGUGAACCGGUGCCAGAGAAGUUGGCGACACUAAACGCUGUUAAAUCCCAAUGGCUAACACGAGGCGACAUGAUUUUAAGGAUGACCCCAGUGCGGUGGUCACGGUACAAUCGCUAUUACCUGGACCCUGUGAUCAGCAAGGAACAGCAGCGGACUCCAGCCACUGAGCUCAGCAAUGAGGAGAGGGCAGCCCUGGAACAAAAGGCGCUUCAACCAAUAAAGGCUGCCCCGACUGACACAACCAGCAGCGUCUUCUGUGACCCAAUGAUCAACAAAUUCAUCAACAUGAUGAUGAAGGGAGGUCAGAAAUUGCUGUCCAAGUCGAUCAUGAACAAGACUUUUGAAUUGAUUAAACGGAAGCAGAUUGAAAGUUACCACAAGGCCCCUGAGUCUGCAAAAGACGUCAUUGAAUGUAACCCACACAAGAUCUUCCACCAAGCUCUGGAGAAUUGUCAGCCUAUCAUAGGGUUAACCAGUGUACAGCGAGGUGGCAAGUCUUACCAGGUUCCGACACCACUUAAGGACAACCGUCGCCGUUUUCUGGCCAUGAAAUGGUUAAUCACUGAAUGCCGUGACAACCGGCACCGACGCACUCACAUGCCCGAGAAGUUGUCCCAGGAGCUGCUUGCUGCCUUCAAAAAUGAGGGCAAUGUGGUCAAAAAGAAGCAUGACCUUCACAAAAUGGCAGAGGCUAAUCGAGCCUUCGCCCACUACAGGUGGUGGUGAGGUGUGACACAGCUCGGGCCUAGAACUUGGUCAGCAACCCCAGCUGGAAGGAAUGGGGCAGUCUCUCCACCUUGGUGUUUAAAGUGUGCGCUAUGCACAGUUAUGUUGGUGCAAAUAACCCCUCUGCGUGCUGACUCCAUGUCCACCCCAGAGGUUGGGGAGUGAUGUGGGCUGUGUGUCUGGGGUUGGUUGGGAUGGUGAUGCUGGCUCCAUGUUUGUGCUGAGGGGAGAGGAGUGACCCCGGCAAUGUGUGUACCAGGUGCAGGGGGUGACGACUGCUGUGUCCCAGGCCACAGGGUGGGGGAGUGAGACUGCGUCUGUCUGCCUGAACACUGGGUGCACAGAGUGACCAGCGACAUGUCCCAGGCCAGAGGAUGGCAUUGUGUGUGCUGGAGAAGGGACAUGACAGUGGCACUGUGACAGACGAGGAGUGACUGACACCCAGCCUGUCCAGGGCUACGUGUGAGUGCUCUUAGUGUCCAUCAAGAUUGAGACCUAUUUUGAAACUCUACAAAAACAGCAGAAAAAUCCCAGUGAGGUAAUGGUCCACAGGAAGUGCAUGGGAUGUGAAGGAAGGUCAGCUCCCACUUCAGUGCCUGUGAAAUGUCAGCGUUUCUCAUCACAUUUACACCUGCCCGUAAUGUUUUAAUCUUUGCAAAUGGAUUCUUAAAUCUCCAUGAGUCACCAACGCCAAUCUUUCAUCCUGUAGAACGUACCCUUCGAUAAUCCCUUGGGUCCAAGCAGGAACCUGUUUGAAUCCUUUACUUGGUUUUACAUUCACUUAAUGUCUCCUUCGUAAUUUUAUGCUUGCAUCAACACUGUUCACAGUGCCGUCUACAAAGAGGUGUUUAAAAUCAUGAGGGAUCUUAAAUUUAGAUGGAAUAAAUAAAGGAAUUUUCUUGUUUGGUUUAAUAAGCAGGGUGGUAAGGAUUUAAGGCAAAAGGUGCAAAUGGUGUUUAGCUUGGAACGUACUGCCUGAUGAGGUGGUACGUUUCAAGAAUAAGGUACAGGGGAAGGCAUUUCAGGAAAAUCCUCUUGAAUACGAGAAAGACACUAACUGGAUUGUGCACUGAAAGUCAUCACACCUUCGAUGGCCUGCAUGGGUUCCUUCAAGAAAGCAGCUCAGUUCCACCUGUAUCGGCAGUUAGGGGUGGACGUUGUUGGCUUUAUCAGUGAUCUGAUGUAGACUGAAUGCAUUUUAAAAGAAACAGAAUGCAGAAGAUGCUAACAUCUCUAACUGGAAGUACUGGAUGCCUGAAAAUGAUUGUGGUUUUGUAUUCAGGCAUGGAAGGUCACUUUACUUGGGAGGCCUCCAGUCAGGGGAUGAUCCAAUUCAACGAGAGCCCAGACAACAGGUAACUGCAAUCAUGGGCAGAGGUGAGGAAAUACAUUUUGGCCUCCAAGAUUGCCAGAGCAAGCAUUCUGAUUGCGUAUUACACUUUUACUUUGAAAAUGUGAUCAUAUGUGAUCAUUGGACACCCUGUCUAAAUGUUUGUGACUUGCUACCUUCUGAUUCAGUGGCUGCGGUACCAUUUUGCAGUCCUGCUGCUGUUUGGCAUUCAGUUGUCACACAUCAGUGUAUAUAGAACGUGGUUCCUUGUACUGCUGUUUCACAGUGUGUGGUGUGUUGGCCUGGGCAGAUUACCACAGCACUUGAUCAUUGUGAAAACAUUUGCAGGUGGGUUACAAGUCAUGUUUGGUCAUUGAGAUCACUGAGAAAGCUGAAUGUUUAACAAUUCCUGUUUCUGAGUAGACCCUUUGCUGUUCAAAGACAUUCAGUAAUCCCACGUUUAGGUGACAGACCACAUGGGCCAGCUUGGAGAUUUCAAUGUCUCUCUCUCUCGCACACACUCACGUUGUGGCGCUGUGUUCUUCCAGUGUUGGGCGUCACCGUUGAACAAAGCACUUUGCAUCAUGCCCAUCCACUUGCAACCAUUAAGAAAUUCAAGGUAAUUUUGGUAUUACAUUUCAAAACCUUUUGCUGUAAAAAAUAAUAAAAAGCUGUAUAAUAA